GCCGCUACAGCCUGCGCGAGCCGUUCGCGCCCGCUGCUCCCCGGGCCCGGGCACGAUGACCAGCGGCCAGGAGUGUCAGGAUGUGCAGGGCAGUGGUGAUGAUGUUUCCUCUUUAAAAGCAAAAGUAGAAAGUUAUGGCACUAGAGAGGAUGACUCUGCUCAAGAGUGUAAAUCAGGAGAUGACAGUUCUGAAAAUAACUCUGAAAGUAGCUCUGAAAGUGAGUCAGAUACUGAGGAGACAGAUAUAAGAAAAUCAGAUGAAGAAUUGGAAAAGAAUGAAUUGCUGCCACCUGUUGAAUCAGAGGCUCAUAGCCAGUUUCGUUGUGAACAUGUCAAGACUGAACAUAACCAGAAAGAGCAAGUGACCCCCAGAAAACUUUCCAGAGGACAAUUUUGGUUGAAGCUGGAGGCAGAGGGAACUUACCAAUGUACUGUUACAGGCUUGAUUUUCGAUGUAACCAAGGCUGCUGUAAUCAAAUAUUCUGUGUUGUCUUGGAGCAAAUAUGCUGAUUAUGUUAAAAAACCAUGGAUAGUUGGUGGCCCUAUAUUUGAUGUCAGUUGUGACUCAGCCUCUGUUCUUACUUGCAUUCAGUUCCCACAUUCCCUCAGCCUAAAUGAUCAUGAAUCUGACAUGACAUUCAAAGUUUUACAUAUUAAAAGUACUGGUCCAGCAAUUGAGCCUUCUGUUGAUCAUUCAAUGACGCAUGUCAAAUGGCAUGUGAGUUCUCUCUCUCCAGUAGGACCGGUUAUUCAAACACAAGAGCCAGUACAUUACAAUGGGGCUGUAAUUUUAUACAAAGUUGUCAAUAAUCACCCUUCCUUAUCAUUUCGUGUGUAUGUAGCAACAAACAAUGAUUCAUUUAUAAAGGAUAUCUCGAAUGCAGUAAAACAUUCUGAUAAGAAAUUCAUCAAAAUUGACAAGCCCCCAGUUUGUAAAAAACAACUACAAGAUGGAAAGAGAUACAGAUUAAUUAGUGAAUCAGAAGCUGAAAUAACUCCUGAGGAAAUUGAAUUUGUUGAUGGCUCCCUCUUAAAAUUAAAAAGUUAUUUUGAAGUCUACUUGGAGCAACCUAUGGAGUUUACAUUAUCUUUGAUUGAACUCGAGUCUGAAGAAAUUGUCUGGAAAGCAAAACUAAGAGAAUGUGACUGGAUACUACAUGACCAGAACAAGAAUGAGCGGAAAAGAAACACAAUCAGUAACAGAAGACGGAAAUCAAGCAACAGCCUUUCUGACGAAGAAUUUUAUAAUAAAAGGCUAAAAGGGUUAAAUGUUAAAUUGGCCUCCACAAAUCUGACCACAGAAUUUAUGGGGACAGAAACCUUCAUUUGUGGGUGCAGAAGGCAUCAAUAUACCUCAUUUUUAGGAACAAAUGUUUGCUUGUAUGACCAUAGGUUGAUGCUAUAAAUUAGGUGAGUGUGUACAUCAAGACAAAAGAGCUGCUUUUGAAGAAUUUUUGCUAUUGUGCUGGAUUUAUUUUUCCAGAAGAACUCUCCACCCACGACUGGGACCAGAUCUUCCCAAAGUUCAGCUCCUAUUCUGGCAUCUGAAAGUAGUAGCCUGAUUUUUCAGAAGUGUUCAGCACCCAGUAGGUCUCAUUGAGAAGUCAAUGGGACUCAAGCACACGCUUAUGUAUUUUGCUGAAUCAGGGCCGUAAUUCAAUAGGUUCCAAUGUCAGAUGCUCCUGCUGCUACUGGAUAUGCUAACAGAUAAGAGGUUGCACGGAUAAUUCUACAUGCCUCUAAGAAUCUUAGCUUUAUUUUUCUUCCAAACAUAUUGCUAAAAUUUCAGCCUUGCUGGCUUUCCUAAUGGUUACUCUGAGAAAUUAUAGACAUGAUUGGGUUAAUUACCAAAAUGUCAUACAGAGGAAUAUCAUAUUACAGUAGACACUAUUCAAAAUUGUACAUUUGGAUCCAGUUUCUGUUUUCAAUUUCAUAUAUAUAAAGUUUUAGCUCAGAACUUUACAUUACAUUUUUAACCCCUGCUUUACAGUGUUUGAAUUCUGUCCAGGAAAGGGAUACAUCUUUUGCUUCCAGUACCUAUUUCUGGAUGGUCAGCUCAUCCAAAGAAAAUGAUGAUGUUUGAAUAAGGUGAUAUUCAAGAAAUGCAGAAAGAAUCAGGUUUCAUUUGCAUGUCAAUGGUAGGCUCUCUCUAUAGUUCUGUGUGGUGGCUUUUAGCCACUAGAGGGAGCUAUUUAAUCAUUUAAAAACUUCAUUUACAGUAUUUUAUAAAAUGAUCCAUUGAAAUAGAAAUCUGAUUAGACCAUUGAGGUUCUGACUAGAUAGAUAUAACCAUGCCGGUUGUGACUUCUUACUAAAGUAAUUAUUACAAAAGUAUACUAAUCAUCGUUCUCUGUAAGCAGUAGCACACUUUAAGAUAGACAGUUAUGCUAGAUACCUGCGUUUUUCAGGUGAUUGAAGGAACUUGGCUUGCAGUUUAAUGCUGCAUAUGCAUCUGAAGUAUCUGGUUAUUCUGUAUAACAGCAUAUCUAGAUGUUUCAGAUUUGUGCAUUUUUUCCACUAGACAAGUAGCUGUUUAUGAUCAGAAAAACUUUUCAAGUCCUGGGAAUGAAAACUAAAUUUAAGAUAUUUUUGCAACCUCGGACGUUUUGCACUUCUUCUUCAUGUGACUUUUCAUCACUCCUGACUCUUACUUUGCUUGUCUUGUCAGUUCCUAUACUGCAUGGUAAGCUAGCAAGUCAGUACAGUUUUCAUUAGUCAGCAUUAUAGCAGCAUCAAUAAAACAAGUGAAAAUGCAGCUUCAGCUCACUAACGAAUAUGAUCACCUUUGUCGUAUGUCUUCUUGUUGCAGCUGAUUUGUAUCCUGUGUGUUUUUUAGAUGGAACUAAAGCUAAAACUACGUUAACUGAUCAGCAACUGAUGACUCUUGCAAAGAAGAUGGGUAAAGAUUGGA